CGAUGAGGUGCGCAUGUCGGCCGACCCUACCAAGCGCAGUUCCCACCCAGACAGUCCAAGAUCCUGGGCUUACUUGCAAAUUGCCAAGGUGGAUAUCUAUGUGAUAUGAGAUCUGCCACGAUCAUUUUGUAGAGUGGCGGGCGCCCUGUACACUCCGCUGUUAACCGGAGAUGUGAAGAAAGUGUCUUGCUUUAGAAAGCAGCAAUCCAUUUAAUUCCGAGCUUCUAUGUUAAGGAAAGAGGUAUAAGAGGAUGCACUGAUCUACUUGACUCUGGAGUACUUGCCAGUCCCAUAUUGUUUCCUUGAAACUCCAGAUAACACUGCAUCGCAUACAUAAACAUGGCUAAUACACACAAGGCUCUGGUCCUGCAUUCCACCUCUUCCCCAUUGUCCCUAGAGACAUGGCCAAUCCCCGCAGCAACUCCAGGCUCCGUCAUCGUCAAAGUCCUCGGUACUACCAUCCUACCUUAUCUCAAAGACAUUCUCAACGGAACUCUCCAAUAUACUAUAACUUUUCCCAUGAUCCCAGGUUCCAAUUGCGUUGCACGAGUCCAUUCUGUUGGGGCUGAUUCGAUAUCCUUGAAAGAAGGUCAGCUGGUGCUGUGCGACAUCACCGUGCGAGCAAGAGAUGAUCCUAACAAAGCGAUUUUGAUGGGCCUGCAUGGCGGAGCAGCGAUGAAGUUGAUGGAAGGGGAGUGGAGACAUGGUUCUUAUGCCGAGUUCGCCAAAUUCCCACUGGAAAAUGUGUUUCCUCUGAACGAAGAGGUCGUGUGUAGGAAGCUCGAAUACACAAUUAAAGAUCUUUGUUCGAUUCCAGGAUACCUCGUUCCCUAUGGCGGAUUUUCCGAAAUCAAUCUCCUCCCAGGUGAUACCGUCAUCGUUGCUCCUGCCACUGGUCGCUUUGGGGGAGGCGCUGUUACCAUGGCUCUGACAAUGGGCGCUACUGUCAUAGCAUGUGGCCGUAACGAAUCUACGCUUUCAACGAUGUCUUCAGUUUUCGAAGAAACCGGUCGACUCAAGACCCACAUCCUAACUGGAGAUGUCGAAAAAGACACAGCAAAUCUCACCAAGCUCGCAAACAAUGGCCAAGGUGCAGAUGCAUACAUAGAUUUCUCUCCCGCUUCAGCAGCCAAAUCUACACAUAUCCAAUCCUGCAUGGCUGCUCUACGACCCAAAGGCAAAGCUGUUUUCAUGGGUGGGAUAUAUGGGAAGGUGGAAAUUGACUAUAAUCUAGUGAUGAUGAAGAGUUUGAGGAUCCAGGGGAGGUUUAUGUAUGAAAGAGAUAUGGUGGUUCAGGCUAUCAAGUUGAUUGAGAAUGGGAACCUGAAAUUGGGGGAGAAGGUGGGGUCGAAGACGUUGAAAAUGUUUGGGCUUGAGGAUAUAGAGGAGGGGUUGCUGAUGGCGGGGAAGGAGGCGGGGUGGGGGAAGCAGGUCGUUUUAAUGCCUUGA